GUAUCUAAUAAAGAGUACUGCUGAAUGCUGCUGAAGUGAAAGAGGCCAAAGCACUUUGAACACGCGCAAACGACGAACUUCUCAAAGAGGAAUGGAAUUUCUUGGCUAUGACUACUAUAAACUGUAUCGAAUCUUUUUAUUGUCACUCGGUCUAUGGCCAUAUGGUGACUCAUUCUUUAAGCGAAUUUAUGCAAUUUUCUGUAUUUUUACGCUUCUAGUUUUGAUAACUGCUCAGUUGUUGAAACUAUUUACAAUGGAAUUCAAUCUCGAGUUUGUAUUAAAUGAUCUUUCGUUCGCUAUUCCUUCCAUAGUUUAUCUUUUAAAAUAUAGUACUUUUUAUAUACAAUCUCAAAAGAUUAAAAAAUUAAUGGAACAUAUUCGAAUUGAUUGGAAUGCGUUACAAGACGAAGAAGAAAUUGAGAUAAUACGGAAAAAUGCCAAGAUCGCAAGAAGAUAUAUGUACGCAUUUGUAGGUUUAGCUUAUCCGACUACUGUUGUUUACGUUUCAAUACCGUUUUGGCCAGAUAUUCUUGAUAUUGUUGCACCAUUAAACGAAUCACGCAAACGACAUCUUCCGUUUUUAGUAGAAUACUUUCUGGAUGAACAAAAAUACUUUUAUCCCAUAUUAUUGCACAUGAAUCUAACUCUUGUCGUGGGAAUUGUAACUGUUGUAGCUACAGAGACAUUGUUUUUUGCGUACAUUUUUCAUAUUUGUGGUAUGUUUGAAAUAGUUAGUUAUCGAAUAACGUGUGCAUUGGAUAAGAGUAUGUCAAUAUUAUCAACAUUAAAUAAAGAAGAUACGAUUCGUGUUAAAUUAAUUGACGCUAUACAAAUUCAUCAAAGAACAUUCGAGUUUUUUGAAUAUUUAACAUCUACACUUUCAUUAUCUUAUUUUAUAUUAGUUAUUCUAGGUGUAGUUUCUUUGAGUAUAAAUUUAUUUCGUCUUUUUCAAGUUGCCACUUUACCAGAUCAAAGGAAAGAUCUUGGACCGUUCGUGGUAUUUGUAUCAGCUCAUUUUUAUUAUAUGUUUGUAUGUAAUUACAUGGGACAGAAGAUUAUAGAUAACAGUACAGACAUUUUUAGAAAAGCAUACGAUACACAGUGGUACACGGCGCCUGUACAAAUGCAAAAAAUAUUAUUCUUUAUUACGCAAAGGAGCAUGAAAUCUUGCAAAAUUGUUAUGGGUGGCCUGUAUUCUGCGUCACUGGAACAAUUUACUACGCUUGCGAGUAUGUCGCUGUCUUACUUCACAAUAAUUUAUUCUGUUCAACAGUGAAACUUGUAAAAAAUGUGGAAUUGUAGUGGCUUAUAGUAAUUUCUAUUCAAAGAUAAUAGUUAUCUUUACAACAUUUUAUAUCAGAUCAAGAAUUUUAAACGAUUUGAAAGUUAUUAAUAAACAGACUGUUGUUUAUCUAUGAAUAUUGUAUUAAUAAAUAAUUAUUUGCACUCUU